CGGUUGAACCAUACCUCCUUUCGUUUGUCUUUAUUUGAAUCUCCCUUUCUAUUGUCAAGUCUUCCUUUUGUGAUUCCCCUUACUUUCGUUAUCGUCGUCCUUGGCGCCUUUCGCGUGUGUCCUUUAUUAGAUCGAUCUCGACAUCAACCCUGGCUUCAGUCGUCGUCGGAUUGCGUCCCUUCGUUCCGUGGUUAGGCAGCGUCAAUCGCGCCUCUAGUUGUGGUUCAGGAGAUACCUAAUUCCAGUCUAACGGUCCAUUGCUUUUUUCCACAACCACCGCGUACUGGCUGAUCCGAUCGCUUCUUUCCCAUUUUGAUCGACUAUCAUGGCUCCUCCGCCGCGCUUGCGCAUUCUGUCAGUGGGCAGCAAUGCCAUCUCGGCGUUCCUUUCCUGGAGGCUCCAGGCGACAACCUCCUGCGACGUGACACUGGUCUGGAAAUCGGGCUACGAGGCAGUUUCUCAAUACGGCGUGUCUUUCAAGUCGAAAGCGUUCGGAAAUGAACGGUUUAAGCCACGCCAUGUUGUUCGGACACCCGAAGAAGCAGCAUCACGAGAGAACGCAUACGACUAUGUAAUCCUCUGCGUCAAGGCUCUGCCCGAUGUCUAUGACCUGGCCGCGGUAAUAGAGUCCGUUGUGACCCCUCAGCACACCUGCAUCUUGGUCAACACAACCAACACCCUCGGUGUCGAAUCGCAUUUGGAACAACGGUUCCCCACAAACGUCGUUCUUUCGCUUGUAUCGGGCGUCGAAAUCACUCAGAUCGGAGCCAGCGAGUUUGAGCACCUGAACUCAUCGGAAAUAUGGGUCGGUGCCACGAAUCAGAACUCCAACGUUCCCUCUUCCAUCCAGACCGACAUGGCUGCGGCGCUAGCGAUGACUCUGAGUUCGGGCCAGGUGGAUUGCAAAGUAUCGAAGAAUAUCAGACAAGAACAGUUUGAACGUAUUAUAGGUCCGAUCGCCUUCUACCCCGCCAGCGUUAUGUUUGAUUCUGGAAAUGUACAGCAAUUAUUAGAAAAAGUCGGCGUGCGUCAGCUGAUAUCGGACGUGAUCGACGAACUCCUCGAUUUGGCGAAAGCACACGGUUGCUCUUUUCCCAGCGACUUUAACCAAAAGACCAUGGAGAAAAUGACGACCAUCCAGACACCAAACACUAUGUACCAGGAUUUCCAGGCUCGGCGUCCCAUGGAGAUUGAGACGUAUCUCGGUUCUCCCAUCAAAUUGGCAACGGAGUCCAAUGUCAAACUCCCACGCGUCGAGACCCUCUAUGCAAUGCUGCACCAUAUCAAUGCCACUAAUCUGAGCAAACCUCGUGACUCUCCCCCUCCGGCCCUGGCUCAGCCUCCGCCCCGGGUGUCUUCGGUUCCUCCCCCCAGAAAUGGUCCUAUGCGCCCGCCUCCCGGACGGUCGAGUUCCGCCAUGAUGAUGCCCCCACCGAGACGUGGACCUCCGAUGCCUGGAAUGUCGCGACCACCAAGCGCUCAGCCCCCGGCUGGCGGGCCUAGGAUGCCUCGUGAACCGUCUCUGGAAGGCCUUGAGGAGUUCAGUCAUCUGGUCGUUUAUGAUGAUGCGGGUGAUCAGGGUAUGCCUGCAAAUGGUGCUAAUGGUUAUCCGGACGUUCCGCCAGGCCCCGGACCAUCUGGACUGGCUUUGAGAGAACGCGAGCUGGCCAUUCGCCAGCGGGAGUUGCAGCUUCGAGAGCAAGAGAUGCAUAUGCGUCGUGGUCCCCGCAGACCUCCGCCUUCCAAGGCGGCUUCUUUCGAUGAGGAGGACGAGGACGAUUACUUCGAUCCCAUGGAUACUAGCUUGGUCCCCCAGAUCGACCCCGACAACGUUGAUAUGCUUAGUAUCACAUCAAAGAGGACAAAGAAAUUUCCCAGUGCUAGUCAGAUCCGCAAGAACCCCGAGCUCCUUUCGAGCACUGGCCCGGGUGGUGGCGGCGGUGGUGGUAGAACAGGGACGUUCAGCCGCUACUUUGGAGGAAACAGGAAGCGCGCCAGUGACCGUAUCAUGCAGGAAAUUCCUGGCCUCCAUGACUCUCUCCUAGACAACCCUAUGAUGGCUUACUCGUCGAACCGGUACGGGUCUGUUGACCGAAACCAAAUGGCUGCUGGUUCCCGGACCAACUCGAUGACUACCAGCCGAAUGGGCGACUACCCUCCUCAUCCGUACCCGCAAAGCAGGAGGAAUAGCCAUUCUCCUGCCGCUCCUUUCGGUGGUCCUCCUGGUCCGCGAAUGGGCCGCCCAGCGACUGCCCAAGACCAGAACUUUGGCCCACCUCAUGGGCCUCCGAACGGCGGCCACCCGUCGCCUCCGGGACACAUGCGAGCGCCAGUCCCUCGCCAUCCUCCUGGGCAUGGCAAUGCGGUAGGUCCGCAGCAGGUUGAACAACAAAUUGGGGUGAGCAAACCGUAUCCCGCCAAGGGCACUCCCAAGCAUAGAAGUCUGACAGGAAGUGCGAGCGCCAGCGCGGAGAGUGGUGACAGCGGGGCUAGUGCCAACCUCGAUUCCGAGACCUCUGCCCAUAGCAGCCAGAUCAGCCUCGGCGCGCAGCCAGCUGCAGCGCCCGUUCAUUGAGUCGCGAAGCCCGUCCUUCCUUCGUCUCUCUUUCGAAGUCGCUGAGCACAUGCCUUGGCGCUGACUGCUAUGGACACGACUGGUUUCGUUAACGUCUCCA